UUCCCUUCGAAACUCUACCAUUCUAAGCCUAUUUCUCUCGUUUUCUCAACACAAAGUGAAGAGAAAAAAAAAAUGAACUCCAAAAUUUCGGCUGUGCUCUUAAUUUACAUGCUUUUCAUUUCCUCAGCCAUUCCUAUCUUUGGAUGUGGCGCCUGCGGCAAGCCACAGCACAAGCCUAAGGGAAAGCACCCAAAAGACCCCAUUACUCUCCCCCCUAUUGUAAAGCCGCCAGUGACUGUCCCACCAAUUAAGCCUCCCAUUGACCUCCCUUCAGUUACAGGUCCCCCAACGACUAAGCCACCAAGUGGAAAGCCAUGCCCAUCACCACCGGGAACUAAACCUUCCACUUGCCCUAUUGACACCCUCAAAUUGGGCGCUUGUGUAGAUCUUCUUGGCGGAUUAGUUCACGUGGGUCUUGGUGACCCAGUUGUUAACCAGUGUUGCCCGGUUCUUAAAGGGCUUGUUGAGCUUGAAGCUGCAGUCUGCUUGUGCACCACACUCAAAAUAAAGCUUCUCAACCUUAACAUAUACGUUCCUCUUGCUCUUCAGCUCCUUGUGAGUUGUGGGAAGACUCCACCACCCGGUUACACUUGCACUCAUUAGAUCUGAGGUCUCCUGAAUUGAAGGAUUUCAAAGGAUGAAAUCGACAUGAGAAGAUGUCGAACCUCCUCUCUCUCUCUCUCUCACUCGGGAUUGUCAUGCUUGGCAUAUUGCACCAUUUAUUUUUGUUGAGCUUGUUUGCAUUUGUUUUACCAAUUGGUUAACGUCUUUGACAAGGGAGCAUUAAUAAAGAUUUAUUUUCUAUCUCA